CCAAUAGGCUAAAUUGUAUUGGUACCAAGUAGUUGAGACUGUGGCUUUUGAAAUAGUUUCAGUUCAAUGGUUAAAUCUCUUUCUUUGCAAAAUCGGUUCAUAUUGUGUGCACACGGUUCCAGUCAACUCUAGAAGCAACAGAGGAUCAAUCGAAGUUAAAUAUAAUACAACGAAAUAUAUACGUUCAUAACCAAAAAAAUGACCGAUAAAGCCCCAGCCGAUUCGACUGCAUUGGAAAUGCACGAAAAUCACGAUGACAGCGAUGUUGUCGAAACAAAUUCAUUGAAUGCUCAAUAUCUUUUGAAUUCGCCAGCAUAUAUGUCAUCUGCGGUGCGUCGUCAAUUGCUCCAAGAAAUGGUCAAAGGUUUGCCUGUCAACGUACAGAAACGCAUCAAUGCACUUCGCAAUGUUGAACUCGAGCGUCUAGAACUUGAAGCUAAAUUCUAUGAAGAGGUCUACGCUUUAGAGCGAAAAUAUCAAGAACUUUAUCAGCCAUUGCAUGACAAAAGAAAGAACAUUGUCACUGGCGAAGUUGAGCCAACUGGCAAAGACACCGAAUGGAAUUACGAAGCCAAUGACGAAGAUGUCACACCUGAAGUACAAACAAUUACAAACGAAUUGCGGAAAAAUUUGCAGCUAAAUUACCAAGAUGAUGUGAAGGGUGUGCCAGAUUUCUGGUUGACAAUUUUCCGUAAUACAGAAAUGUUAUCGUCGAUGCUUCAGGCACCGGAUGAGCCGGCUCUUAAAAAAUUGAUCGACAUUAAAAUCAUUUACGAACAAGAACCAAUGUCGUACACACUUGAAUUCCAUUUCGAGCCAAAUGAAUAUUUUACAAAUACGGUGCUAACGAAACAAUAUUUCCUCAAAUCGAAAGUCGACACCGAAUAUCCGUUCACAUUUGAAGGUCCCGAAAUUUAUAAAUGUGUCGGUUGCAACAUUGAAUGGCAAAAAGGUAAAAACUUGACAGUUAAAACCAUCAAGCGGAAGCAAAAGCAUAAGGCUCGUGGAGCUGUGCGCACAGUCACCAAACAAGUGCCGGCUGAUUCAUUCUUCAAUUUCUUCAAACCACCACAAAUUCAAGACGAAAGCAAAAUUGAUCUCGAAGACCAAGCUAUUUUGAGCACUGACUUCGAAAUCGGCCACUUUUUGCGUGCACGAGUUAUUCCAAAAGCUGCCCUCUAUUAUACAGGGGAUAUAGUCGAAGACGACGAUGAUGAUGACUAUGAUGAAGAAGAGGAAGAAGAGGAAGAAGAAGGUGAUGAAGAAGAUGACGAAGAAUCAGAAUCGGAUCAAGAAAGUCGGCCAGCUGGAAAGCAGCAACAACGUGGUCACGGCGCUGCCAAUAAGAAAAAAGGCGGUGCUGGUGCCGGCGGUGCCAAUCAAACUCCAGCCGAAUGCAAACAACAAUAAGAGGGGAAAUCAAACAAAACCAUACAAAAUCUAUCUGCCAACAUUACACACAUUGAAAGUGAUUUUUAUUUCGUUUUGAUUUGAAGUUUUCUCUUAAUUACCCCUUUUCACACUCAAAACACAUACACACAUAAAAAUAUUGUCUUAUGGACUUUUGUUUUUGUUUAUCUAUAAAAUGCAUUAAAACAACAAUUCCAAUCCAAAUUACGACUAAGCCAUCAAAUUUUAACUAAAAUUCAAUGUUCGAACGAGACGUCAUUCAUCAAGAUGGUCACCUUUACUUUUAAACAAAAUUUAUUCAAAUAAAAUGAUGGAAUCAAUUUAUAACUAA